AUAUUCUGUAAGCUCAUGAAAAACGUGCUGCAUUGCCAUCACCUUAUAUAAGUCGUAACUUGUUGCUUCUUAACCCCAAGUUCCUUUUCAGUUAAUUCUAUAAAACCAUGUUUGAAAAUUUCAUGCCAAUAAUAUCUGGUCAUCGAGGUUACAAAGGAAAAUACCCCGAGAACACCAUUUUAGGAUUUACCAAGUGCUUUGAAGCAGGUGCCACCAACUUCGAAACCGACUUGUACUUGACCCGGGACGAUGUUGUUGUCGUAUCACAUGAUGUGAACACCAAAAGAACAUAUGUCAAGCCUGAUGGCCUGGAAGCAGAUUACAAUAUCACCACCAGUUCAUAUGAAGAGGAUUUGAAAGACCUCAGGAACAAGGUAACUGGUGACAAGUUAUUGACAUUUGAAACGGUGUUGAAGUUCAUUAUUUCCAACACUGAAAAUGAAGAUAGAACAGUUAUGUUGGAUAUUAAGACAUAUAACAAGCCUAGGAUCUUGAAGUCUGUUUUCCAGCAGAUCCUUGCAACCAAAAAUGACCUCAACUAUUGGCUCAAACGUCUUCAGUUUGGUGUGUGGGAUCUUGACUUUGUCAAGUAUAUCAACCAAGACGAAUAUUUCCAGGAUUUACAUCAGAAGUACAAGUUUGAAGUUCCUGUUCAACUCAUUCAUAUUUCUGGUUCUUGCGAGAGGUCCUCUGAGUUCAUCUACUAUAACCAUUACUUGGAACAAGUUUACGGCAAGCAGAGACAUUUGUAUAAAGUUUCUGGAGUAUCUUUGCUUUAUUUACUGACUUGGUCACAAGAGUUUUUGACGAAGUUCAUGCCUCUUCUCAAGGCAAAUUCCAUGUGUUUAUACACCUGGACAAUCAACAAUACUUACCAAUACGACUAUUUCGUGAAGGUAUGUAAAUCCUUCCAAGUGGAAGAAUACGGAGUGUUGACGGAUGACCCCGGCCGAAUGUAUGAGCACAAGAUGAGCAAUGUUCCCAAAGAGACAGAUUUGUUGGCAGAGGAUCUGACAAAUGUGAAGUUGGAGUUCAAACAGAAAUUAGCGGGCUACAUCUUCAAUUUGUUUUUGGCCUUCAGCGACAUGAAAGAGUCUGAUUAUAAGUCUCCUGUGGAUCCAGAUCACCGGGAAAUCAAACCUGUCAACUCUUUUUUCAGGAACAUAUUUAUGUUGUGCCAAAGAUUUGGUAUCUUCUAAUAUGAUUAGAUUAGAAUAGAAUCUCUUUGAUAAAUACACAGUUUAUGACCAGUAGUGCCACACC